AUGAGGAGGCGCACGCGCGGCGACGCGGGACCAAAACCCGAGUCGACGGAACCCGGCCACAACCUCGACAGGGGCGACAGCAGAGGGGACAGACAGGCGUACGAACAGAUAGUACAGCUGCGCGCACCCUCACAACACCCGCUGCGAGCUGAGAGCGACCGGCGCCUCCUCCUCCCCACCUCAUCGCUCUUGCAACCCACGCUCCCUCGCUGCUGCCGUCCACCAACUGCGCAGCGAGCACGUGCAGCCAGCAGGAUGGCGUCCUCUGCACCACACCCAGCCGUCCCGCCAUCGUCUGCCCCACCGCAACCGCCAGCUCCCCCAUCUCGGUCAACCCUCGCCGCCGCACCCAUCUCGCUCGACACGUUCCAGCAGCCCGCGUUCGACGUCUCGCGCUUCGUCACCUCGCUCAUGGACCCCGAGGUCAAGCGCCAGAAGACCAUCGGCACGUUCGACCCGGCACCCCACAUCCGCACCCUCGAAGCCGCCCUCGCCCAGCUCCUCCCUUUGCGCAAGGCCAACGCCCAGAAGACGUCCGAGCUCGAGCGACAAGUCGCCGUCGCAGAGAGGACGUACCGAGGAGACGUGCGCGGCGCCAAGGCGGGUUUCGAGACGGUCAACUCGCAGUUCCAGGCGCUCGACGGCAAGAUCACCUCGGUUGGCCGCACCGCCGUCCGCAUCGGCGAGCAACUCGAGUCGAUCGACCGGCUUCGGCAGCGCGCGAGCGAGGCGCACGACCUCAUCCUGUACUACAACGAGUUUGCGGCGGGCGACACGACCAGGCUCGAGAAGAUGCGCAAGGAGGGCGGCCGAGAAGGGCGGCAAAAGGUCGCCAUCGCGUCAAGGCGUCUCCUCAGCUUGUCCAAGGAGGUCGACGGCGUCGAGGGAGCCGAGACUACGCGCGAGACGAUCGAGCGGUACUGCGAGCGCUUCGAGAAGGACAUGUUGCGCCUCUUCGACCGGUACUACCGCAAGGGCGACCCAAAGGCGAUGGCGCACUGCGCGCAGACGCUGCAAGACUUUAACGGCGGCCAGUCGUGCAUCCAGAUCUACGUCAACCAGCACGACUUCUUCAUCUCGAAAGAGCGCGUCCAGGAGGCGGCGGGCGGACUGGUCGGCGGCGCCAUCUGGGAGUCGCUGCCAGAUCCCGACGCGCCUGCGCCCAAGGACGAGCCGGGCCUCGCCAACCUGUACGAGGAGAUCCGCAUCACGGUCGGCCAGGAGGCCCAGAUCGUCACGGCCGUCUUCCCGCACCCGGCCAUCGUCAUGCAGGUGUUCCUGCAGCGCGUCUUUGCCCAAGUCAUCCAGGGCUACAUCGAGACGCUCAUCCAGACCGCGUCGUCAUCCUCAUCGCUCGCCUACCUCCGCAUCCUGCACCUCGCCCGGGCCCAGACCGCCUCGCUCGUCGACGACCUCAAGGCGCACGAGUUCUUCCGCACGACCUCGGCGUCGGCGUCGGCAUCAGCCCUGUCGGGUACCUCGUCGUUGCUUCCCUCGUCGACGGGCUCGGCGUCGGCGUCGCAGCUCGUGAGCCCGACGAGCGCGUCAUUCCCGGGCGGCGGGGCAGGCGGCGGCGGCGGUGGGGCGGGCGGCGCAGCCGUGAGCCAGAUGCUCGACGCGAGCAUGGAGGAGCUCUUUGUGCCGUACAUGGAGGGCGCGAGGUACCUCGACAAGGAGGGCAAGAGCCUCACCGAGCUGUACGCCGCCAAGCUCAUCCGUUUCACCAACUGGCACCGCGCGACCAACAAGGCCAAGCCGAGCAACACGAUCUUCGACCGCGUGGUCAACCAGCUCUCGUCGGCCGCCCACCAGGCCGCGCACCCUUCUUCCUCGUCGUCGACAUCGGCCCAGCACCUUCAGCCCGCCGCCGAGCAAGCCGACAAGUCGCGCCUCGAUCGCCUCAUGAAGUUCUCGGGCCUGAGCAACAUCGCCCACAACGCCUCGUCGGCGUCGGACAAGCAGGGCGCAGGAGGAGCAGGGCCCGGCGAGGUCGACCCGGCGAUGCUGUUCGAGGACGGCGACGGCGAGCUGAGCGUCGAGGUGGCCGAGCGCAUGCUCGAGUGGCAUGCCGAGGCGCUCGGGAGGAUGGUCGAGUUGAGUCCGGCGGGCGACGUGCCCAAGAACGCCUUCACGCUGCUCAAGGUGCUCGCCGACAGCUUCGGCAAGGGCUACCUCGAGACGGCGCUCGACACCGCCAUCCACCAGCUCUCGCUCUACGACGGCAAGGCCGAGCCCGACCUGCGCCCGAUCGGCGUCAUCCGCCUCGCCGACAUGAUCAUGCACCUGUGGCAGCGCUACAUCUCGACGGCGCUCGUGCCACUCGCCGGGACGAGCGUCACUGUGCGGCGCGAGAUGGGCGUCUUCAACAACCACGUGAGCGUGCGCAUCGAGGGCAAGGUCAACGCCAUCGUCCAGCGCACGACCGACGGGGCGUCGACCUCUCUCUCUCUCUACCAGAAGAAGGGCGACUUUCGCCCCAAGAACGACGAGCUCGCCUUCUCUCGGCUCAACACCGAGCCGUGCGUGCUCGCGUGCGAGUUCCUCGAGCGCGUCAAGGAGGCGGCGAGCGAGGCGCUGAGCGGGAGGAACAAGGAGAUCUUCUUGACCGAGGUCGGCGUGACUUUCCACACGUGCGUCCCUCUCUCACACUCUCUCUCGGCGAGGCGGCGCGGACAGGCCCUGACCGCGUUCCAUGUCCACAGGCUUCUUCUCGAGCACCUCAAGAAGUUCCAGGUCAGCGCAACUGGCGGCCUCAUGCUCACCAAGGACCUCGCCCUGUACCAGGACACCAUCUCGUCCUUCGCCCUCCCGGCCCUCAACGACCGGUUCGAGAUGCUGCGGCAGCUCGGCAACGUCUUCAUCGUCCAGCCCGACAUCUUGCGCUCGUACCUCACCGAGGCCUACCUCGCCCGCAUCGAGAACCGCCUCCUGCGACCGUUCGUCAUGAUGCGCUCCGACUACGGCGACCACUCGCGCCGGUUCUGGGACGACGUCUUUGGGCCCGACGCGCCUGCACUCGGCGCCGGCGCCGGCGCCGGUGAUGCCGCGGGC